CAUGCUUGUAAAAUGUAAACAAAAGUUAGAUGACUAUGUUGAGUGCCUUCCAGUGCAUUAUAUGAAAGGAAUAAAAACAUGUCUGUCUUAACUACGCGGCCAUCGAACUUUUUUUCAUCAAAUAAUCGCAGACGUCAAUGGCAGAUAGGAAGUCAAAGGCAGCACAGUUUUUCGUUGGAUUUUCCUCAGAAUAUUUAUGAUAAUGAUAAACUUUCUCGUGGUUUGGACAGCAUUUGCUUCGAAGAACCAUUGAGAUCCAGAGAAGAAGAUCGAAUAUUUUUGUACUUACCGCGGAAUUUAUCUUACUGUGAAGUUUGCUCAGAUGUGAUUCGAGAUCAUGUACAGAAAAAAGUUAGACUUCUUAGUAAUCGACUUUGCCAAUAUGAUGAUGUACCUCCAACCCCUGUAGAUAACAGUCGAGUAGUUUUCGAUGUUGGUGAGGAAAGUGAAAAUGAAAACAGCGAGGAUCAGAAAUCGGACUCACCUCAAUGCGACGACAGGAGAUGCCAGUCGGUCGACAGGCCAGGCCGCAUCUUUCCCAUUCUGAAGAAAAAAAGAAGAGCAAUUUCCUUUCCAGCUCCACGAAAGGAAGGUAAGAAAAUUGUCAGGUUUGCGGACGCCCUUGGGCUGGAGCUUGAAUCAAUUCGCUAUCUUGUUCAAAAGGAUUUGCCCAAAAUUGUUCCUUCAGGUACUCGUUUGGACUCAAACAGUAAGCCAAAGUCUGGUGGGAAGAAAAUACAACUUGUACCAGCUUUCCUGAUGCCUUCGUUAAGUGUCAUGUUUACCGAGCGUUUACGAAAAUUGAAAGUUUCCUUGCACAGUGUCAGUACGGCAGACAGUACUGUGUAUGGAAUUAUCAGUGUUGUAAAUAUAACUUUUCAUAAAACAAUUUUUGUUCGAUACACAGUCAAUACCUGGGUAAGCUAUCACGAUGAACUGGCAACUUAUCUUGACGGAUCCAGCACGGAGGACACGGAUAAAUUUUCAUUUACGUUGUUUUGUACUCCGUCAGACCUUUAUAGCCAAGGACAUUCCCUUUUCUUUGCUGUGUGUUAUGAAACGGCUGAUGGUGAAGCAUAUUGGGAUAAUAAUGGUGGGAAAAAUUAUUGCAUAAAAUGUGAAGCAAAAGAAAUUCCAGUGAUCGGUAAUCACAGUUGGGUACAUUUUCUAUAA